AUAGAAGAGUCGCUGUUGAAAUGCAAAUGUCUCGUUGACUGCAAACCGGGAAAAUUUUGAAAGUUGGUCUGUGUGGGCGUUGGUCCCUUUCACUAGCUAAACAAUCUCAACCGAAGUGCCUUGUUUCGUGUCGUGGAAAAUCUCAAUGGCGCAAGAAAUAAAUGAUUACCAAUCUGGUGGAAGAAUGUUGGAUAGAAGCAAGAAGAAAAACGUCAUCGUUUUAGACUUGGAAUCGCCCCUCAAAGGUGAAAUCGGUGAUGAAAGUCACAGCAUUGCGGAACACAGUACGCAUCAUGUAACUCAAGCUCUCUUCCAAAAUGAAGAUAAAGCAAAUGAUGCAAGUGAUGAUGAUGAAGAUGAAAGUGACUACGACGACGAGGACAGUGGCACAGACAACUUAAAGGCUGAUAAGGCAGGAACCCAGCUUCAGAGAUCUGAGCACAGUGGAGGAAUCAAUUCAAGUUUACCAGACACAUUCCAAACAAACCAUCUCCUGUUUUAUGAAAGAUUCAAAGCCUACCAGGACUACAUUCUAGGUGACUGCAAGCCUUCAGAGGUCAAGUCCUUUACUGCUGACUACUUGCAAAAAGUGGUACAGUCCUUCGGUUGGCAAGCUCUGUGGUCCGCGGAGUUGUUUGAUGUUCUGGUCGAGGUGUGUGAUGUGGACUUCAGCGAUCUGAAGGCUUGCGUGAAGCCUGUGCUUCCUCUGCAGUGUGAGGUCAGAGGAUGUGAAAUUAAUGAGCAAGGCGUGGCAGAGCUGUUGGAGGCAACCCAGCACAACGUCCCCCUAAUGGAACUUAAGGUUGUCUAUGAAGAGUCAGGAGACUACGACCAGACCGCCUUGGGCAUUGAACAUCUCAGAUUUUUCUACAAGCAUGUCUGGAGACUGUGGGAUGAAGAAGAUGAAGAUGAUGACUUUGACUACUUUGUCCGUUGUGUCGAGCCUCGCCUUAGAUUACACUAUGACAUCUUGGAGGAGAGAGUCCCAGCAGGUCUGGUGGCAGAAUACAAGCUCGUGUUAGAAAAAUGUACACGGUGCUUUCAGCAGUUUUCACUGCUACGCAGCAGCCUCAGUAGUGACUCUGACUCAGAGCUGGAUAAUAUAUCCAUGGUGGAGGGCCUGAAGCUCUGUGAACAGCUGGAAGAAUUCAAACGGAAGUUGUACUUCAUUGAGAACCCAUUGUUACGGUAUGUGCUGGGCUACAAAGAUAAUCCCCGACAUCAGUCCAUCCAAAGUCGUGGGCUGAGAGAGUCCGGCACCAAGGUUGCACAUGUGGUCACGUCCUCUUGCACCACAAAUCAGCUCCAUUCCCUCCUCAGCGACAAGCUUCUACAUCAGUUUUCUUCAGAGGACAGUGAAGUCCAGUUCCAUAGAGACCCAGUGUCUGCAGUAGAUUCGUGCCACGAGGGUGACAUGGUCUUCGUUCUCCCGGGGGUGUACAGUGUUGCCAGCUCCAUCCUACUUCCAGACUCCAUCACUAUUGAGGGAUUUGGACUCCCUGAUGAGGUGGUGAUCGAGAAGAAGUAUACUGGAGACUCAUUUAUUGUGUCGACAGGAGCUGAUGUUAGAAUGUCCAACAUUAAGUUGAUUCAGUUUGAUGCAAUUGAGGGUAUUUUAGGUGUGAGGAAGGGAAGUCUCUCCAUGGAGAAUUGUGUGCUGCAGUGUGAGACCACUGGAGUUGUUGUCCAAACAUCGGCCCACCUCACCAUGAAUAGGUGUGAUCUAUAUGGAUCCAAGGGGGCUGGUAUUGAGAUUUAUCCUGGCAGUGUGUGCACUCUGGUCGGCAACGGCAUCCACCAUUGUAAGGAUGGAAUUCUCAUCAAGAUGAAUCAACCGAUGGACUUGGUUGGUGAGGUGGAGGUGAUCCCUUCAAUCACCAUGGACAACAAUGUGAUUCAUAAUAAUGAAGGUUAUGGGGUGAUUCUUGUGAAACCCACUCCGACUCAAGACAGGAACAUUCAUCUUGACAAAGGUGUUCUCAAAGAUGAGCUCGCAAAUGAUGUUGAAAAGAUGACCGGAGACGGACUGCAGAAGGAUGUGGCUGGAGAGCCCGUCACCACGCCAAGCGAGACAGCAAGCAAUUUAGACGAUGUUUCGCCCAAGUUGACCGAGAAUACACACCAAGACCGUAACGCGAACUCUGCAAGGAACUGGCAGUUUUGCCGUCAGCCAAGCGUCAACAAGCACACAUCCUGUACGCUUGCUAUGCAAGACUUGAUUGCCCACAAGAUAUUUGUUUCAAUUGAGGGAAACCAGUUCAAGCGCAAUGGCAGGGGUGACUUUGGCACUUUUUUAUACUAAGAAAGGCGAAUAGAUGACUACUGUGUUAACACACUCUGAGCUACCAAUGUGUUUAAUACUUUCAUGCACUUUUUUUUUUAAUAUAUGGCUGGCAAUUGAUAAACAGUCCAGAGUGAAUGCCCUUUCCUC